AUGGAGGAGGUCGGUGAGCGGGUCGAAGUGGUCCAGGUCGGGACGCUCGAGCCCGACGGGCUGGAGGCCUUUGUUGAGCAUGUGGCUGGCCUUGCCGGCAGCCGGCCAAGCCGGUAUGUAGCGGACAAGCUGCCGUGGCGGAUGCGGGCGGCAGGCGCCCAGGCAUCGCUGGAGAUGCAGACGGUGGCUAGCGAGGGCGAGGCGAGCUGGAGCAGAGGCCGAGGCGGGACUCUUGCAGGCGCAUCGGCCGGUGAUGGCGAUGAUGGCCGGACGGGCGUCCUCCGCUACGUGUCGGGAUACCGGGUGCCGGUGGAGAGCGGGCCGCUGAGCAAGGUCAUGGUGCGCGCGGUGUGCAAUGCGCCGGCUGCGGGUGAUGUCGAUGGCGUGCUGGCUGCACUGGGCGCCACGCGCGGCGAUGCCGGAACCCGGUCCGGCUGGCUCUUCGGCUUUCCCCGCCCCGACGCCGGGCUGUACAUCACUCGCUGGGCGCCAGCUGAGGGCGGUGAGAGUGAGAUCGAGAGCGGUGCAAGUACAGGAGCUGGAUUGGGUGCGGGCUCUGCGCCGUGGUUUGUCGAGAUUGUCGUCUCCCUCCCGGAUGUGCCCAAGGGUGCCCGCGCUGGUUGA